CCGAUUUUUAAACGAAUCUGCCUAGUGGCUGGCGCCACGGCGUUUGGCGCUGCAGUACUUGCUACACCUGUGUUUGCCACGGAGCUUGUCGUCCACCCCACGAAACUCGACUGGCCUCAUAUCGGUAUGCUCGCUUCUCAUGACCACGCGUCCUUGCGGCGGGGUUACGAGGUGUACAAACAAGUCUGCGCAGCCUGCCACAGUAUGAAAUACAUCUGCUACCGUCAACUGGUUAACCACGUUCUUACGGAGGAAGAGGCCAAGGCUGAAUGUGCCGAGGUAAGGCUUGUCGCAGCUGAUACAGGCAAAAUGUUCCAGCGCCCUGGUCGCCUUUCAGACACCCUGCCGUCGCCUUACCCGAACCCCGAGGCCGCACGCUACGCGAAUUCAGGCGCUCUGCCGCCCGAUCUAACCUUCAUCGUGAAGGCUCGACAUGGCUUUGAGGACUACAUCUUCCAUCUCAUCACUGGCUUUUGUGACCCGCCACCGGGUCGAACAAUGGAGGCGAAUCAGUACUACAACCCCUACUUUCCGGGCGGUGCUAUAAGCAUGGCGCCGCCGUUGUACGACGAGCAGAUCGAGUACGAGGACGGCACCCCGGCCUCGGUCUCCCAGAUGACCAAGGAUGUGGUCUCGUUCCUCACCUGGAGCUCGGACCGCAACCACGACAAGCGCAAGCGACUCCUCUUCAAGGUGUGUGUGUGGAUUUACAAGCGGAAGAAGUGGGCCAACAUCAAGACGAGAAAGCUGCUCUACAAGAAUAGGCCCGUGCCAAAGGAUCUUUGA